AUGAUAUCCAUAAUUAGUGUGUUAUGGCUCUCCGUUUUAGUCUCUUGCUCGACACUGGAAAACGUCUCUUCGAACGGCUUCCAGAGAGUCAUUCGCGAAAAUAGCAUAGUGCUAGCAGCUUUCACUUCCAAAGCAGUAAAACUUACUGAAUCUUUUCACAAUGAAUUUGAGCAAGCAGCUGCCACCCUUACUUCGCCUCUAGUGAUAGUCGAUUGCGCCCAGGAGUUUGACUUGUGUCGCGAGUACGACGUAAACGCCUAUCCAGCUGUCAGGCUUUUUCGCGGAUCAAAUGAGACUAGCACAUACCGGGGUCCUAGGAAAGCUUCCGCGAUCAUUUCAUACAUGAUCAAGGAGCAGCUGCCACCAAUUACCCAUGUGGAUGAGGAUAGCAUUGCGGAAUUUCGAGAGAUUGACGAUGUGGUUGUCGUGGCAUAUCUCGAUCCAGAAGAUGCAGAGCUCAUAGACAUCUUUAGCACAUAUGCCAAAGAACACCACGAUGAGAUCGUCUUUGGCAUUGCGACUGAGGCUCGGCUUGCGGAGAUGAAUGACCUUCCGGUCCCGUCAGUAACUGUAUUCAAGAUUCGCGAAGGCGACAACACGGCCAUGAACGGUCGCUUCGACCAAGAUUCCCUAGAGAAGUUCCUCGCUACUGCAACGCCAUCUGUGAUCGGGGAGAUUACGAAGAGAAACAUCGACGUCUAUAUGAGCGCCAGAAAACCUAUCGCCUACAUCUUCGCAUCCAGUGAGGAUGAGAAGGUGGAUCUGCGCCGUGAGCUCACUCCCGUCGCGAAGAAGUAUGGCCAGUAUAUGGCUUUUGGUCUCAUCGAUACUGCUGAGUAUAGCCAUAUGGCCACGAAUAUGGAUUUGCGCCCGGGCAUCUUCCCGGCAUUUGUUAUUCAUGAUGUGAGGACCAACGACGUGUUUCCCCUCGAUCAGCGAAAGACGGUCACUGCGGCUGCAAUCGAGGGACUGAUUAUGGAUAUGGCGCAAGGAAAAAUUAAACCAGGUCCAGUCACAGAUGAUACGCUGCUUCAAGAGGAUUCAUUUGACGUGGAUGAGGUGUAUCAGUCAGAUACUGGGACUGGUGGGGAUGACGAUGGAUUGGAUGAUGAAAAAAAUCCUGCGAAAAAGCAUGAUGAAUUGUAGGACGUGGUGCGAUUUCUUGAAGCUCUACCAUAGCUACUGUACGACAGUUCCCUUCUCGAGACUGAGCGAAAUCGGCGUUCCGAAGUGAAUAUCACGACUGGCGCCGGGUGACUGGUCUCGGUACCAAUACGUUCUUACUCCAUCUCGUUCAACGCGAGCUUCCUAUGGCUGAAGUCUGGGCAUAGCCAAACCCCUACCCUUCCUACACCAUAAUCUCGAUCUCAGUAGCCACCACCAGCGAGGCCGAGUUCGAGUCUUGGAGCUACUGAUAAAUUGUGAGACCACUCUAUACAGCGGCAGAACGUUGUACAUGAAUCGGAAUUCUGGUUGAUUGCUCUAGAUUUCUGGUGGAGAAUGUCCGGAUAUCUAUCACACGAUGCAAUUCAGUCCAGAUGCUUCUCAUAGAGAUUUGGAGAUCUUCUUCUCGUGGGAUAGGGAUAAGCUAUAACUGA